CCUAGAAAGUAAGAAAAUCAACAUGGCUGUGCGUGUGGUCUGCAAUUUUCCUUCUGCCAGCCUUUUAAUCAAAGACCCAGCAUCAAGUGAGAUGAAAAUCAGGAUAUCAGCAACAAUCGACGAGAGAGGCACAAAGAUAUCACAAAUCCAAACGAAGAAGAGAUGCUUGAGGUGCAAUACUCUUUACCUUGACAAAGAGAAUUCCCCAACUGCCUGCUCCUUCCAUGGCCACACCACUGGAGAGAGAGGAUUAUUUGCGCUGGCACCACCACACCAAGGGAUUGAUGGGGAGUGGAGUGAUCGCUCUGGAGUAAUUGUGUACAAAUGGAACGAGAAGAAUAACAGACCAAACACCGGCAGCGCGAAUUGGAAGAAAAGAUGGAGCUGCUGUGCUGAAUACGGUGAAAGCGCGCCUCCCUGUCGACGAGGAUGGCAUGUCUCCUAUGAUGAUGGCUUCACUCUAUACUAGCCUAUAGUCCAAAUACACCAUCACAUUGUGUAAUGCAACUUCAGAAGCAUAACAAACAACAAAGCAAAGUGUUUGUUUUGGAAAACAGAGUUGUUGCAGAGCAGAAUGAGAAAUAAGCUGCAAAAGUAUUGAUGUAACUGCAAAUUGUUUGUUCAUCAAAGCAGAUUGAAAGAACCCAAGAAUGACAAAAUUGCCAAUGGGAAAAAAGUAAAGUGAAAAAGCCCAAAUCUUCUUCAAUUUUAAUGAUUAC